AUGGCUGAAUGGACAACCCUCCCCUACGAUGUUCAUCUCAUCAUACUAAACAUGGCGUUUGCUCAGCUUACAGCACCCGAAGAGCAUCAAGCAGUUGGAGGGCCUCUCAAGAGAACGCACGGCCUCAUGCCCUCGCACGCCCUAGUUUGCAGAGACUGGUUCAAGUUUUUCGAACGGGAGACGUAUCGCGCCAUCUUCGUCACGCAGGCUUCCUUGGAUAACAUCUCCAGAUUCACUCGCCGUCAACGCAGCAUGGUACGCUACCUCUGGGUCAAGAUUGACCUGUUCAGCUAUGGCUGCCCCGACUGUGCAGUCGACAGCUUCCAGUCCCUCCCCCUACGGCGCAAAGUAAAUGCAUCUCUGAUCGCUUACACCAUCAGACGUACCCUCAAUCUUCUAAGCUCCUGGGACACGGAGCAGGGACCCGAGGCUCCAGGACUUACGCUGGAGUUCAGUGCGUGCUCACCAAGCGACAUGGAGCACGUCUUCCACAACGACCUGCAUUUCGACACCAGCCCUUUUGACGUCGAGGGGCCCCUUGAACGGAAUCGGCCAGACCUUUCGAUUCUAGGACACGGAUGGAUUCGAGGACGAAGAAUAUUCCCUCAUCGCCUAGCUUCCAUAGACUUAGUAGCGGGUUUUUCCUCCAUGCCUCUAGAUGAAUUGCCCGCGGUGCCAGCAGUCACAAACUUUGUAGUCCGCAGACAGACUCGCUGGCAUUUUGGACCAUCGGCACUAGCAAAAGUCGUCCAGAAGCUCCCUGGCUUGCGCCGCGUUCUUAUCGAGUCAUGGAGACAAUUUCAUUGGUUCCCACAAAAAGGCAGCUAUCGCGGUGACAAUGCUGUUGAAACAGACAUCGCUACAACGCUCUUUGACUCUCUGCCAGACACCGUCCAGAGCCUCACCAUGUUUGAAGACUUCAACGAGGAUUACAACUUCAUGUUUCAUAAAUUUCCGAGAGUUAGGGAAUGGGACGCUCCUGCCGAGUUAGUUAGGACACCAGCAGUACUUGUUGGACGGGCAUUGGCGCGAAGGAGCCAACGACUCCAAAGCCUUAACGCGUCAUACAUGGUUGACGCUCGGGACUUUUUUAGCGAGGCAGUCAAGCCAGGAUAUUCCUGGGAUCACUUGACCGUGCUGUCUUUGACUUCUCGGCAUUUAAACAGCUCGUCAGAAGAUACGGUUAUCCACCAAAUGCUGGCAAAUGCCGGCAGAGUCGCGCUGAAGAUGCCGGCGUUGACGCGGCUGGACAUUUGGAACGGCACAAAGGGCAACGUGUGCGGAUUCCGGUACGAGGUGACUUGGAGACAGGCGUCCAUCGAGUGGCACAGCAAUCGGCUUCUCUCGCUGAGCGCCGACGUGGUGAGGGCCUGGGAACGAGCCGCGUACCGGCAUACGGGCGGGGGCGGGCUGCUCGUGAAGGAUCCUCGAAUCGUGCGAAACAAGUACAUUCGGUCUCACGCAACCGCAAUGGAGAUUCUUGGAUUACAGGACCAAGUCCUUCAUCCCGUGUCCUUUCGACAAAUCGCCUGCGAGACGUCACGGUAUUGGUUCAAGCACUACUAG